UAGUCUCUCAAUGCUUGAGGUUGGAUUCAUGCUCGGCCUACCUGCGACGCUUAUGUGGACACCAUGCUAGCUAUCCGUCAUUAGCUCAGGUGUACAUACAGUACACGAAAGUGAUUCGGAAACUCAAUCCAAAACCUGAUGGCGGCGUGUUCAACGACAGAUCUUCUGCCCUGCGAAUUUUGUAGCGAACUCUUCUCAUCCGAGAAUCUCUUGCUUCACGAGACCGAGUGUCGAGAGAUCCUAAGGCCAGAAGAUGUGUUGAUUGCGAGCAUAGAGGGCUCACCUUCCAACGGAAAUGACAAAGACGGUGAUCGACAUCAGGUCUUCCUGGAAGCAAUGGCUCGGGAUAUGGAUAUCCGUGAGAGGCACACCUCUCCAGAGGAGAUGCACCAAAUGGUGAUGCAGGAAUUGGACAUGAAUCCAAACAUGAUGCACAUCAUUCAGCAAGAGAUUCAACACUUGACACCAAAUCCAACCGAAGAGCAGAUUGUUGAGACUACUCGACGUGUCUUUGGUCGUUUGUCAGAUGAAACACCUUUGGUUGACACCAUUCCAUGCCAGUAUUGUGAUGUACCAUUGCCAGCAGAAAAUGUCGAGGAGAUCAUGCUUCAUCAAACUCGAUGCAACUCAAAGGUAUUUGAAACUGGAGUUGGACUGGGUGUUGGUGUGACAUGCGAACGUUGCAAUGAAGAGAUACCGUUUGAUGACCUCAUCCGACAUGAAAGGUCAUGUGGAGUGACUCCAACUUCACAGGAUUCCUCUCAUCUCCAGCUCAGGAGAGAGACACCACCUUCACAGGAUAUCUCUCUUCUCCAGCUCAGGAGGGAGACUCCAACAGAAUCACUUUUCUGCCUUUUUUCAAGGAUCAGAGAAUAUAUACAGAACAAUAGGUCCACUAUAUCUACGGUGAUUAAGGCCCUUUUGCCCUUGUUGCGGAUUUUGCCCCUGGCCCGCAUGCUGCUUGCUAUUGGCAUCCCAGCUCAAAUAGCAACUGCAAGUGUGGAUGUUGUGAGUGGGGUCUUGCUUACUUUGUCCAUUUUGAUCUGAGUUUGAGCUUUUUCCAUUUGAACUAUUAAUGAAGCUUUGUAGAAGGUGUCAGCAUUUCAUCUCUAAUUCUCCUCAGUUCCCAUUCACAAAGUGAGUCCCCAACUGCUGCUUUUUCAUGUUUGUUCAUUUAUUCUCAAUCAGUUUUUAUUUCAGCUUUACAUCUAUGUUCUCCUGGUUAACACCUUUGAUGUGUUCACUUACAUAAAAAUACUUGAGUCUAGGGUGAAACAGAAAAACUCAAACAAGUAUGCUGCUUUUUUUUUUCCCCUUGUCAAGUUGUGCAAGUACCCCAAAGUUUUAUGAAGGGUUUCAGUGGUGCUAUUGUUGUAUAAAGUGCUGAUAACUUGAGUGAAUGGAUUGUUUUUCAAUUGGAUGAAGAUUUUAUUUCC